UAGAAACAAAGAAUCACUAAAUGCUCAUCCAGAUUUUGAUGGUUGCGACCACGGUCAUGGCGAGGCCGAAUGCGGAAAUCAACAAUGGACAAAGGCAUACGACUCGGAUCAAUCCCAUUAUCAUCUGAUCAAUCCAGAAGCCCCUACAAUCUUCUAGCAUAAUUUUCAUAGCGUUAAUCGGCAAUAAAUCAUCUAAGGAUGGCACCAAAACUUUCGCAGCCUCCCAAGGAACCCCAGCGGUCGCAAUCAAGCCGAAGUCACAGAGUCCAGAAAAGGCCUUCCGCGAUUUCACGUCCUAUGCCACAAAUUUCUGGAAGAGACCAGGCCAUUCGCGGGAAUGGCAGAAGUAAUACUCUUUCAAAUGGACACAGCACAGCGGAUAAUUGGGAUGGGGCAUCUUGGACCUCCAGAGUAACAGAUAUCGAUGACGCCGACGAGCACACCGCGACCCAAGUGGAUAUUUCGAUGCUUGGUUCAGCGUUGGAUGAAAGCAUCAGAGACAGCCAUGCUGAAUUGCAAAAUAGGGUCAGAUCAGGAGAGAAUUCUCCACAACUUGACCAAGUGUCUCAACAUCUUCUAGCAUCGCCACCUUCAUCCCCUGACUCUGUCCCCGGUGGUUGGUCACCGAAGACCCCUACUGCUAAACUUAGGCACGCUGAGCUCCAGCAGCAAGAAUUGGAGGAGCUCAUGAAGCGAGAUGAUGAGCUUCACCGAAUGAUGAAUGACUUAAGCGGCAUUCGAGAAUGGUGGAAGGGGAACAAGCAAGCUUGGCACGAGAUGAGAGAGAAAGUUCGAAGCUUUGACAACGACAUCUCUGCAUUGCAAGCACAAGUAGAUCAGCACCGUCGGAUGGUUUGGAAUGGAAAGGACAGGAUGAGAGAUUUCUAUGGCAGUACCGCGGACUUUCUUGAUGAGAGGUGGGCGCCUCAGAUUGAGGAGUUGAAGGAGCAGAGAGAGGCAAACCUUCCUUGGAUCGACGAGAACAAAAGGCUUAUGAGAAUGGUUUGGGCCCGCGUCAAAGAGAUGGGGGAUACAGUAUACAUUGAGGCCAAGGACAACAGAAAGCUCGCUUCCAGCUAUCCAGCAACAUACGACAUCAGCAACCUUUCAUGGUUUCAGGACAGGGGGCUCAAAUGGUGGCUUAAGCACGCGAGACGAGAUAUGGAAACUCUGCGCGAUAAAAUUCAAGGCCUCCUGGAUUCUGAUCAUGCCAAAGCUGAGCAAAGAGGUCAAAAGGGGCACGAGUUAAAAUAGCAAUUAAAAGUCGUUCAAGACGCAAUCAAAGACGCCGAUUCCGAAGCCGAUUUCCAAAUCUCCGAGCUACAAGAAAACAAGCCGAGA